AUGGCCGCCGUUCCUCCUUUCUUCACUGUACAUGACGACAUGGUCAUCUGUGGCAUUGACAAUGUCACCCUUUUCCAAGGACGCACACAAACCGAGAGAAUUGCUUACAAAAUAUUCUCGGACGAUUUCACCACAACGAUGGAUAGCACCAUUGACAAACUAAACGAAGAGUUCAAGACCCUCACAAGAUUGACAAUUGCGCAAGGACAGAUACGUUUGAUGCCAGCUAUCAAAAAGAACAUCCGCGCAUUCAUCCAAUGGUGCAGAGACGAGAUUUGCAUGGGACAAGACCCUACCACAACACCAUUUCCCGUCGUUGAUGCAGCCAAACUGCUCAGACGCAUGAAAACACACGAGCAAUACGUGUAUGGCUCCAAGUUGAUGUCGCAACAAGCGCUACCACAGGAUUUCACCAACAAUGUCCAAUGGGAAGAUUGGAAUACUCACCCGCACGAAGAUUUCUUGGAAAUCUACAUCAACAUGGCACCACACAUUGGCGAAGCAUACGUCAUGGAUAACGCCAAAGUACUAGUCCUUCUAAGCAAGUUUAUCGUGGGGAAUACCGAAGCUGAAGCGACUCUCCAAGCCAUCAACAUUGCAGGCAAUGGAAGAGAAGCAUUCAACGCACUACGUACCCACUAUGAAGGUGAAGGGAUACUAGCCAGCGACAUUGUCGAAGCUGAACACACCAUCAAAGAACUGUGUUACAUCGGUGAAAAACCAAAAAUGAACUGGUCCAUGUUUGAACGAAUGCUAAAGAAAGCGUAUGCAGCAUGCAACAAACAUGAGGGGAGAGAAGUCCAUUCAGACGCAAUGAAACUGCGUAGCCUACAAAGCAAGGUUACAGCACCAUUUUACAACUGA